AAAUUAAAUAGUUUAAAUUUUAAGUUUGUAUAUACGUUAGAUUACGUUAAAAUUGGCUAAAACGUACAACAAACUGAAGAGAAAAUGUUUGUUUUGCGCGUUGGCAAUGCUGUUCUCAGGAUUGACAAGAAGAACAAACUAGGAAGCAACAAGAACGAACCUGUUGUGCACAGAAAGCAGUGGAAUGAAGACACGCCGCGAAUACGAAUGCCAUAAUGAACACCAAAACAAACUAUGAAUACACUUCUAAUUCAUAUAAUGGAGGUAUUAUAAGAAAUGAUAGUCCCGCUGCUUUGUUAGACAUGCUUGCAGAAGUUGCAUCUCAAACGUUACAUUCAGAAAAGAAACAUAGUAAAUCAUUGCUGGCUUCACAAUGCAAAUCAAAAGUAGAGUGUACAAAAAGAAAGACUCAGGAAUCAUUGUUCAAUGUUCCGCAACUUUUGUCUAUGCCUGCAUCGCAAUUAGUUAAACAGUUCUCUAUUUUUACAAGCGACGAAUUGAAAAGGCAAUACUCUUAUACAUGUGCUCUUAUUAAUGGAUGUAGUAAAAAAUAUACUAGUUUUGCGAGUGAAGGAAGAGCAAGAAUGUCUAUCAAAGUACAUUUAGCGGAACACCUAGAAUAUUUAAAAACAAACAAGGAAGCCUAUAAGACCUUUACUACAAAGUCGGUGAAUUAUAAGAAUCAUAAAACAAGCUUGCUAAACAAAAAAAGUAGAUUACAGCAAUCAAGAAAACCCCAGGAGACUUUGAAUAAAGAAAAUAAGAAUGUUAUAGUAGAAAAACCCACAAAUUACUUGCGAAAUAUUCUACUAAACGAUUCUAGUUUUAAAGAACUAAAUAAAAAUAAAAGCUUCGAAAGAGUAGAGAAACCUAAAAAAUUACAUAAUUCCGAACAAAAAGAUAUAGAUAGAACAGAGUUUAAAGUGCUUGGAGAUCACAGUUACUUUGAACGUUUGAAAGAAGAAAUCCCCAAUGGCAGUGAAACGGAAUCCUUCAGCAGUAUUCUUGAGAAUACAACAACAGAUGAGAAUAUUGUUCUUAUGGUGGUUGGCACAGAUACUGUUCAUAUGAAGGAAUAUUCUCAUGUUAAUCAAAAAUUGUCAGAAAAAUUUAGUCAAGAGUCAGAGACCAUUUAUUUACCAGAAAUGACAUGGUUAAGCGAAAGUUGCAAUAAAAAUGCCGACACUAUAGCCACUAAACCUAAAGGAAAAGCAAAAUUUAUAGGCACUAGUAAAGAGGAAAGAGAAAUGGCACUUGCCUUCAUGGAUCGUAUUAAGAAAAAAGGGAAUCCAACAGGGAGUAAUCUUCAAUGUCGAAUUUGUAAUCCACCGCGGAGUUUUACGGCACCUACAACAUUAGUAUCUCACUACCGCAGUCAUGCUGGAAUAAAACCAUACGAAUGUCGUAUAUGCAGAGCAGUUUUCACAAGAAGGCAUAGCUUAAAAUAUCAUAUGUUGAUUCAUCAAAAUCAGACACGAUUUACUUGUGCUGAUUGUGGAAAGAAGUUUAGACAUCCAUCGCAUUUUCGAGAACAUCGACGCAGGCAUACUGGAGAAGCGCCAUUCGGAUGCGAUGACUGUGGACAACGGUUUAAAACAAGGAACACGUACAAACGUCAUUUGAAGACGCGACACGGAAAAGUUUUAACGACCACCGGAGAGUUGUUGUAUCUUUCCGAGGAAGAUUUUCAGAAAGUUCGAACUAACAGAAAAAAGAAAAACGAUGUAAGCAAAGAACAUGUAGUAGACGAGAGCAUAAUUGCAGCAAAAACGAUUAUGCAUUAUCAAAAUGAUAAUAAUAAUCAACUGCAGGGUAUCGUAGCUGACGAAUAUAUUAUAAAGGAAGGUACCGAUGACGAUAAAAAUUGGGAGUCUAACGAUACGAUACGGAUUAUUAAGGACUGUUUUGAAACUUAUGAGGUUUAUCCGGAAUCUCAAUUAAAGACUGAACUUGUAGAGACUGAAGUAUCUAUAGAUAAUAAAAUUUGUAAUAGAAACGAGAAUAAUUUACCAGAAGAGUAUAUAGAAGUGCAAGAAAAUUUAUCCCAAUUACAAAGUCUUUCUUACAAUAAAUUAGAAGUAAUUCGAGAUGAGAAAGAUGAAAUCGUGUGUCAUGAUAAUAUUAAUCAAUCUGAAUUAAUUCAUCGCAACAUAAAUAAGCCGUCGUCGUACAUUGAAAUAAAAUACGAAGACGAUAUACAAUUUCAAGAAAAUGUUGAACUUUCAGAAAAUCGAUUAGAAAGUCAUGUUGAAAUAAUGGAUCACACUAGUAAAAAUUAUGGUGAUGAUAUAUUAAAUAACUCUGUGACUGAACAACAAGUUGACUAUAUAGAGAAUGUAGAAGAAACUGGAGAUAUUUUAUUAAAUCAGAAUGACGAAUGCUUGUUAGAAGGAGAUGAAACUUCAAGUAAUUAUCAAGCAGGAAUAACAGAUUUAACGAAAGAUCAAGCGAUUGCAUCACCAAGCGAUGUUCUCCAAAAAAGUCAAAAGCUGUUACAUCAAACUAAACAACGUUUAUAUAUUCAUAAUCAGCCUUUAACUGGUAUAAUAGUACAAAAUAAAUGCAUCAAUAUAGUGCCGCAUCAAUUAAAAGCCUGUAAUGAUCAGGAAAAUAAAUCAAAAACGAAACUCGAUAAAGGUCAAAAUUUUACAUUCCUUAAUAAAUGUAUGCAAGCAGUCAAUAUAAAGCAAAAUGUAAAUGAAAAUACCAUUUUAUUAUUGACUAACGAUACUUUACAGAAUAGUGUUCUUAAAAUUGAUCAAAAUAACACUGCCGAUAAUGAAAUUAAGAAACAGACAUUUGAAAGAAGUAAGUAAAAUGUAAAU